UCAUCAGUAGCGCUGUAUUUAAAAAAAGUGAGAUCACCUUGUUACUUGAUUAAUCCACAUCAAUCUAGAUAAUCACAUUUUCUAAUCUUAGAUUGUCUGUCCUCGUCGUAGUGUUAAAAAGACGGUUGCCAUCUUGUCGCAGCUAACUCUGUUUAAAGUUAACUGUAACAAAUAUAGUGGAUUGAGACUGAUAGUUGUGCUGGAAAGUUGAUUUUGGUAGAAUUUGAUUAUUUAUGUCAGGGCUUAUUGUUGUGAAUUUGGAGAAUGCCGAAAUCAAAGCCGAGUCAGAGUAAUGUGAAUUCAUAGUUUCUUGUUGGCUGUUUAUAAUCAUAUUUACCUUAAUUGUUCUUGCUUCACUCAUAGCGUGGAAAUCGACAAUUUUCGUACGAAAAACGGGAAUGUGAUAUUAAUGCACUUCGUUAGUGGGAGACUUGGAUGAAUCGAUCAAAUGUGAACAACAAAUCGUCGCGACCAAUAGGCCCUUAUACUAAGUCGUAUUUUUAUCGUGGUUGCCGAUUUAGUUAGGGGAAUAACAUCCCUAAGUUCAUGUUGAUUAAUAUUCUCUUGUCCACUACAGAUUGAUGGAAAUUAGUUUUUUACUGAACGGUCAGUGCAUUUCGUAAGCGAAAAUGCCACUAGUUUGGUGGUCAUACUUGUUAAUUCUCCAGUAAUUUCGUUGGUUACUGUUUUAUCGUUUAUGUUUGGGACCGUCAUUGUGGUGAUGCAAUGGAUUAAAAGCAAAAUGCAUGUAUUAAGAUUAUAUCCGUUGAAAUUCGGUUUCCUAAACCAGAAAACGAGGUUUAAGUAUGUCUCUUAAACGGGUAUCAGGACUAAAUCCGUAGUCCCAAGAGCUUUUUGGACGGGAACGUAGGUGUUUGGAUUUCCAUUUGAACUAGUGAAGCAAAUAAGCCAGGGCCUAAUCUUUGAUUCUUGGCUUUAUCGCAAGUAUUGAUAUAGAUAUGUGACAAAGUUCCGAAAGUGAUUUGCUGUUUAGUUUAGCCUGUCUUCGAGGGGCUUGUUUAUUGGGUUACGUUUUUUAAUCCGCAGUGAUUUUAUUUGUGGUAUGAUCAGGGGAAAGUGGAAAGUACUGAGUGCUAGUGAAACAUAACACCAAAUCACUUUAAUUAUUUUCAACAGUGUGGUUAAAGGUAGGUUGGUAAAGUGAUGCGGAGACCUAGUGAACGAUAAAGCUCAGUAAUUAAUUUUUAGACUUUUUACUCAACACUUCUGUAUUUACUUAGUUGUUCCUCAGAUCCUAUUUCGUAAAACCGUUACCUCAUCAUAUUUUUUCACCUUUUUACUUUAGGUGCAAAGAACAAUCAUCAGUACUCAUGGACUUUCAUCAGAAACCUAUAUUUCACAAACUAAAGUCUUGUAGGUUUCUUUUUCGGGAAGGAAAAUAUAAAAAUGUUCCACUUCAUUGUUUUCUUCAUGUUUCUUAUUAUAUACAGACUCCAUGUUGUUUUUGACAUGGGCUUUUCACAACAUCUAAGCAAAACAAUUUUUUAUUUGAUUAUGUGUUGCUCAGUGUGUCCAUGUAAUCAAACUAACAAAUUUCGGAAUUUGUCUGGUUACUUCAAAGUCAUGAUUUUGAAUGCCGCCUGACCUAUCUCAGUCUGCAAAUCCACACUUAUUAUUCUACUAUACAUCAAAUUUCAAUCGCACAAUUUUUAAUUUAAAUACUACCUUGUCAAAGAAUUUUCAAAUCGAAUCUUAAAACCCACGUUAAAUAUUGCGUCUAGUGUUUAUUCAUUAUAUACAUGUUCAAGCACUACUUUCCAUUUGAUAUGCUUGAUAUAUUAACUAGAGUAAGCUUCUAGAAAUCUCUAUAAUAAAAUCUGAUUGUUUUGAUCUGUAGCCCUAUCUUAAUAGAUAUAACUGAAUAAUAAUGGUAGUUUUUAGUAAGACUAAAAUUGAUUGAUUAUUUAUUUAUUUGAAUACAUAAAUAUCGGUACAAGAGGGCACCAAAUAUAUAUGCGCCACAAAAAACAAUAAGAAUUUGGAGAGAAGGAAAGAAAAGGUAAGGAUUGUAAAAAAAGAACAAUAACAAACAGAUUAGUGUAAGGUAGUGUAAUAAUAAUAAUGGGGGAAACAGAAACGUACAAUCAGAAGAGAUCUUUCAGUUAAGGAAGAAGCAACCACUUUUUAUGAUGAAAGUAAAAUAAGGUUACAGCAGGAUCGCCACUGGCUUCUGUUCUGAGCCAUAUCUGAUAACGUUUCUACUCGAGAACGUUUAUAUAGAGCCGAAUUUCCACCAUAGGCGAGCUGCUGUAUAAGUCGAAAAACAAGGAUAGACAGAGUGGGAAUAAAAGAGAGUGAAUAAAUGACAUAGUAAAUAAUAAUAAUAGUAACAGUAGUAAUAAUAAUGUGGAUCGUUUGCUUGUUAAUUGAAGCAAGAAAGUGUUUUCUAUAAUUAUCGACAGUUCAUCAUAUUUGUAUGUGGGCUGUGAUACUGCCCGGGUGCCCAGACCGAAGCAAAUGGUUUUCUUAGGGGGCCACACUCCGAGCCUUUGACCUAAAGGACUAACCCGAAAGGCAGUGGAGCAUCGUAAGGAGAUGCAGUCCCAUGGUAGCCGGUGACCAACGAUUGGUUCAUACGCCAUUUGUUCCUUCAGAAUACUGGAGCCCAUUUGCACCAUUGAUUUGGGAUCCGGUUAAAGCGCCGGACAUUCGCUUUUCGUCCUCUCAUUUUCGUAAACGACCCCCGCCACGAGAAGGCAGUGAGUAGGACUUCCCUGGCAGAGGCUGUAUACGUGUGAGAGUAUUUCGAGAGGGAGGGCGGACGCACCCCACUCUCGGCCAUACCAGGGCAUUGGGGGCAAGACUAAAAUAACAAUGUUGUUUCCAAUAUGCUUCUAGAACAGGUUAGAAAAGGAACACGAUAAUAUAGAGAGUUGGUGAACAAAAAGAAGUAAUUUAGCUAGUCUUCUUUAUUUCGGACUUCUCUUAUUAGUUCAGGAAUUUUCAUGGAUUAAACCAAACGGUUCUGAUUUGUAAUUGUUAAAGCAUAGACAGAUACACCAAAACUUGUCUGGAAAUAUCAAUAACUAAGGUUCGAGUUAGUUUAUUGCAUACGGUACAUUAUGUUUGGUCCGUUCAUGUAUAAAUAAACUAGAUAUACUUUUCGUCCGGUUUCAAAAUCUUUAAUUCUAUGUUAUCUUAUCAUGUGAGCAGAGCUCUGAAAAUGAUGAUCAAAUGUCUGCCAUCUUUAAAUUUUACCCGACAUCUUUCUCAUGGGCAGUAUAUUACUCUCAUGAUAUAGGUGUUUAUUAAUUAUUAGUAGUACAUUGGUCGUAAUGUUGAGAUUGACAACCCAGCUUCUUUUACCGAUGUGACCACCGUAUAUCAGAUUCUCAGGACUAAUGCAACUAUCCAGAUAAUAGGUUUUUUAUACAUCAACGAGCUUAUCAAAGUAAGUCUCUUGUGAUUGAAUUUGAUUUACAUUGGUUGUUGCUAACAACAUGGGAACCACUGAAAACCAGGGGUCGCUAAAUAUAUAUUUGUUUUCGGCAUAAAACUCUGAUUGUAUUUUGUGGAUAUUUCAGCUCAUAUGCACCAACUUGAGUGAGUAUCAAGGUGCUUAUUAGUUGCACCAGCAUAAAUUUACUGUAACACAAUCAUAUAUAAGUCCACACUUUUCGAUCAAGACUGAUUUCUUUUUCCCCUUAUGAUUGGCAUCUUGAAUGUUUGGCAAACGCUUUUUUAGUAACCUAACUAUUACCUGCUAGCAUUUCAAUCUUGAAACUGCCUUUUUUCUAACAAAAUCUAGCUGGAUGGGACUAUAUCAAAUGGUAUGCAGAUUCAGCAAAGUUAGUUCCUGGUUGUACAAAUCCUUUGAUUUUAGCAGCACAACAAUGCCCAAACAUGGACGUAAUCAAAUUAAAAGUGGCUGUUGUCCUAAUGAUACCUUUAAUAGAUUUUUCCAAUAAAACAUUUGAUUUCUUAAGUCUACACAGUAUGAUAGAAACUGUUGAACAAAACCGUGAUGGCUUUUUAAAGGAAGUUUUUCAUGAAUACAGAUCGUUUUCGAAUUUUGAUAUUUAUGAUUCUAAAACGACCUCGUUCAGUGUAAAAUUAGGUUGUUAUGAAAACGACGGAAUGUUUAUGCUAAUUAAUGCUUCAUCUGGUCUCUCAUCCGAUCUUAGUUGAAAUCGGUGGAUUAUUUGGAAUUGUCUGGUCUCAUUGCAACAAUGCAGACAUUCGAAUAUAUCUAUGUAUGGGAACGUAAAUCAUAUUAUAUUUAUUGUUAAUUCGCCUACACGUUGGGUUUUAUGUUGUUUGUAUCAUUGGUUGUUAAAACAAAAGUUACAAAUAUUAUUCAUGAGUUGGUAUGCAAAAACUACGAAGCAAAAACACAAUUUUCAAAAUGAGUGCUUUCUUUUUAUACAUAUUUUGAAUCUUCUACACACUUUUAAUUAAAAUUUCUUACAUAAACUUAUUUUGAUUGAAACAUUGUUUUAACUAUUGUACAUCAGAAUUUUCUAAAAUUGAUUAUACAUAGCUUAUAUUUGUAUAUAAAUCUACUUGUCAAUUAA